GGGAGAAUCAGUUGUCGCCGUUUGGCUCUUUUCAAGUGUUUUGGUUCAAAAUCGAUUUUUAACGACAGAACUUUAUGGCAAAUAUGACGAGAAUCACGUGACCUGCGAAGUGUACAUGACACUCUGGAUCUCACUGGUCCAGGGGAGUCAGGGACCAGGCCCAGUCAAGACGCCUGAUCCUUCCUUUACACCACGACCCGUCCCGUUCUCAAUAUUAAGGCCCCGAAUAUUACAGAGCUUUAUAACAGUGCCGAUCUCCAAAAAGCUGAACAAGCCCAGGUGAGGAGACCAUGACCCUGGCUCCGAAGGAACUGUCCAACCUGCUGAGCAUCAUCUCGGAGGAGGCUUGCACUAACACCUUCGAGAGCCUCUCCACCCACUUCCACCAUUACUUCGGGAAAGCGGAGCACUUCAGGGUGGGCUCGGUGCUGGUCAUGCUCCUCCAGCAGCCGGACCUGCUGCCCAGCUCCCCGCAGCGGCUCACCGCCCUCUACCUGCUCUGGGAGAUGUACCGCACCGAGCCGCUGGCCGCCAACCCGUUCGCCGCCGUGUUCGCCCACCUGCUGAACCCCGCACCUGCCGGGGAGGAGCAGGAGAAGGUGCUGUCCGGCUUCCUUCCUCCCAUCACCCAGCCUGAGAAAUUCUUCCUGUCCCAGCUGAUGUUGGCGCCGCCCAGGGACCUCUUCAAGAAGACGCCCAGACAGGUGUCCUGCAUGGACGUCGGCAACAUGCCCCAGUCUAUAGACAUCAGCGGGCUGCAGCUUGCCUUAGCAGAGCGUCAAUCAGAGCUGCCCACUCAGAGCAAGGCCAGUUUCCCCAGCAUCCUGAACGACCCAGAUCCAGAUUCAUCCAACUCAGGAUUCGACAGCUCAGUGGCCAAUCAGAUCAUCGAGUCUCUGGUCACAGGGCCCCGCCCUCCACUGGAGAGUCACUUCCGCCCCGAGUUUAUCCGGCCGCCGCCUCCCCUCCACGUGUGCGAGGACGAGCUGGCGUGGCUGAACCCCACCGAGCCGGAUCACAGCGUCCAGUGGGACCGCUCCAUGUGUGUGAAGAACAGCACCGGCGUGGAGAUCAAGCGCAUCAUGUCCAAGGCCUUCAAGAGCCCGCUGUCCGCCCAGCAGCAGUCACAGCUGCUGGCCGAGCUGGAGAAGGACCCGAAGCUGGUGUAUCACAUCGGCCUGUCCCCGGCGAAGCUCCCCGACCUGGUGGAGAACAACCCGCUGGUGGCCAUCGAGAUGCUGCUGAAGCUGAUGCAGAGCAGCCAGAUCACCGAGUAUUUCUCCGUGCUGGUGAACAUGGACAUGUCGCUGCACUCCAUGGAGGUCGUCAACAGGUUGACCACAGCUGUGGACUUGCCUCCAGAGUUCAUCCACCUCUACAUCUCCAACUGCAUCUCCACCUGUGAGCAAAUCAAAGACAAGUACAUGCAGAACCGUCUGGUCCGUCUGGUCUGCGUCUUCCUCCAGUCGCUGAUCCGGAACAAGAUCAUUAACGUCCAGGACCUCUUCAUCGAGGUCCAGGCCUUCUGCAUCGAGUUCAGCCGCAUCCGCGAAGCCGCCGGCCUCUUCCGCCUCCUCAAGACCCUGGACACCGGAGAAAAUCCCACAGAGGCCAAACCUGCCAAAUAAUGCUCCUCACAGAGACACUAACAGAGACGUAGACGCGGCCUGAGUUACUGAAUAACACCACCCCGCCACGUCCUCCUUUCAAACAGGUUAAAGGGACACGCUUUAGUUACCAGAAACCUUCUUGGUGUCAUCAUAGGAGCAGAAACGGGUGCGGUCAGCUCAACUGAGAAUGAAUAUUGUAAAUAUGUAGUUAAGUUUUUCUCAGACUUAAAGUCCUUUUCGCCCACUGCUUCCCGUCUGCUGUCCAGUUGUGCCUCUGAACUUUGUCACCGCUUCCUCUCCCUUUUCAAGAAGAAAAAUAAGGACGGACACAAUUCAGCUUCAUUUUUUUUCAGUACUCGCUUUCCUUUGGAAAUGAAAUCUUGCAAGUUUUCUCUAAUUAAACAGAUUGUUUAAUUGACUUUCA